CGGUCGAGAAGAUGGCCGACUCGCUGGCCAAGUACGGCGUUUACAUCGACGACCUGAGCAAGAUACGCGUCCUCGAGCCGGAGGCGGCGAAUCAGACGCACAAGCUGAGGGAGGAGUGCCAGAGCUUCGUGUCGAAGAUUACCGAUUUUGAGAAGAACACUGACGAGUUUAUUAGGAUAUUGGACAAUCUAGCGAAGGAGGUGGAGAGAGAGAAAAUGAAGACGAUCGGCGCGCGAAAUCUGCUGCGUUCCGUUGGGAAGCAGAGGGAAGCCCAGAAACAACAGAUGCAGGUGUUGAAAUAGUUACAUGCAACUUGGCGUGUAUGUUAGUCGUUUAAGCAGUGCAGGUGGUGUUCGUGAGAAGUUAUGUUAACUUAGGCCCGGUUUCACCAAACGUCGCUUAACUUCAAUCAUAGUUUAAUUCACGUUUGUCUCUUUCUAAAGUAACAGUUGGAAAGAGACGCAGAACGAAGUAAGCUAAGCUUAACCCCUGGUCCACAAUCUUGCUUUAAGUAAGUUGUGAGCCUUAAGCCGUAAAAAAUUAACCAGUCGUAGGUAAGAGUGAGGGGAAUAAAUGCCUGUGAUUGGUUAAUUUCUUACGGCUUAAAGCUUACAGCUU